UACUACUCGUAUCGGAGCUCCACCUUACCGUGCGCUCAUCCUCAACAGAUUUUUUAUUACUGAUAUCUGAGUGAAGCCGACGGAAGAUACACGCGCGCCACAAUCAUUACAUAUACUCGAAUUAUUCUCCGAUUUUCUCUCUCUAGUAUUCCCUUUCACUCUCUGUCUCCGCCUUUACCUUUUUACCGGUUUCGUGUGUUUGGAGGCCAAGGAUGGGGAGCUCACUGAGUUACGAGUUCGGACUGAGUUUGUGGCGAGCUUCUCGGCUGUUCGAUGUUCACUCGGUGGGCGGAGGCUGCGGAUUUUGCUCGUAGUUUGACUCUGGCUUUGUAGAUCUGAGCGGUUCGGAUUUUGUCUGUGAUGUUGCAGUUAGAUAAUUUGCGGUUUUUCGCCCGGGGCGGCGGGUUGCUUUUGGAAGCUCGUUGUCGUCGGUGUCUCCUAAAACAGUUGCUUCUUUUCUGUUAUUUAUUAUCCUUCACUGAUGCUAAUGUGCGUCACAAAAUGUUGAAAAGAGAAGCUUUAUCACCAGCUACCACAUUUUUUGAUGCCCGUGCAAUGGCAGAACUGCCUCUACCAGACAACAAUCUGCUUUCGUCGCCCAAACACCACCAUAAUCGUUUGAGCCCUCAUGGUGCACCUGCUCAACCUCCUAAUUUUGGCCAUUUUGAGAUUUCUACCCCUCCUUCUAGCUCCGGUUUGUCCAGACCUUCGAUGGAGAAGAGUGGAUCAGCGCCUCCGAGCAAUCCGCCUCCACAUGUUUCUGAGAUUGCGCCACCUCAACCUGAACCUAGCACUAUGCCUACUGGUUUAUCUCAGCCUCCAUUAUCUCCUAGCCUUUCUAGUUGUUGUGGACCAGACAUGGUACUCAAACGUGAGAGCCAGGGCUGCCAUUGUGUGUAUCCAAUAAAGCUUGAAAUUCUCCUCUUGAACGUUUCAUCCCAUCGAAAAUGGAAUCUUUUUCUUGAACAGUUUGCUUCGCAGCUUGGUCUAAGAGUGUCACAGAUUGAGCUCAUUAACUUUUAUAUUGUUGGAAUAUCUGGUCUUAAUAUAUCAAUGGAUAUUACCCCACAUACGGGUUUGAGUUUUUCUUCCAAAGAAGCUGCAGGAAUAAACUCUUCACUGUCAACGCACAGAAUCCGUCUUGAUCCUGCAGUAGUGAGUGACUAUAAGCUUCUCAACAUAACCUGGUUCAAGCCGCCCUUACUGCCUCAAGCUCCAAAUUCUGAUACAGCUCCAUCAGAAGCACCGCCCAACCUUCCAUCAAGUCCUUCUUCAGUUUCCCCUUCAAAGAAAGUUAAACAUCCAAGUUUGAUUCUUGUAAUUGGACUUGGAGCUGCAAUCCUGAUAAUUGCUGUGUUCGCUGUGGUUAUGCUUUGUUUCUGUGUAUCUCGUCAAGGGAAGCAUAUUGAACCUUUUUCCAAAGAAACUGCAAAACAAAGGACUGUGGGAACAGUUCCAGCAGUUGGAUCACUUCACCACCACCCAACCAGCACACGGUUUCUCACCUAUGAAGAACUGAAAGAGGCUACGAAUAACUUUGAAACAACUAAUAUUCUUGGUGAGGGAGGCUUUGGGAGAGUAUUUAAGGGUGUACUAAGUGAUGGAACUGCUGUUGCCAUAAAGAGACUAAGCAGUGGUGGACAGCAAGGGGAUAAAGAGUUCUUGGUUGAGGUUGAGAUGCUCAGUAGGCUGCAUCACCGUAACUUGGUGAAACUUGUCGGAUACUACAGCAACCGUGACUCCUCACAGAACCUACUUUGUUACGAGCUUGUUCCAAAUGGCAGUUUGGAGGCUUGGCUCCAUGGGCCAUUGGGACUAAACUGCCCUCUUGAUUGGGACACAAGAAUGAAAAUUGCUCUUGAUGCUGCCCGAGGACUUGCUUACCUGCAUGAGGACUCUCAACCUUGCGUCAUUCACAGAGAUUUUAAGGCGUCAAAUAUAUUGCUAGAGAACAACUUUCUUGCUAAAGUUUCAGAUUUUGGCCUUGCGAAACAGGCCCCUGAAGGCAGGGCAAACUACCUCUCAACCCGUGUUAUGGGAACUUUUGGAUAUGUCGCCCCUGAAUAUGCUAUGACCGGGCACCUACUGGUGAAGAGUGAUGUUUACAGUUAUGGUGUGGUACUUCUUGAGUUGUUGACUGGAAGAAAACCUGUAGAUAUGUCACAGCCUUCCGGCCAGGAGAACCUUGUCACCUGGGCUAGACCAAUAUUAAGAGAGAAGGAUCGACUGGAGGAACUUGCUGAUCCAAGACUCAGUGGGAAGUAUCCGAAGGAAGAUCUCUUCCGAGUGUGCACCAUUGCGGCAGCAUGUGUGGCCCCAGGCGCUAGCCAACGACCUACCAUGGGGGAAGUGGUGCAGUCUCUCAAAAUGGUGCAACGAGUUACAGAGUAUCAAGAUUCUGCAGUGGCACCCACUACUGCACCCAAUCUCAGGCAGUCGUCGACUACCUUCGAGUCAGACGGAACAUCAUCGAUUUUUUCUUCUGGUCCUUACUCCGGCUUUAGUGCCUUGGAUACUGAUCAUAUCAAUAAAACAGCCGUAUUUUCUGAAGAUCUCCAGGAAGGACGAUGAUCCCAUCUUUGGUUUUUCUUUCUUCUGGUCAAGUGUUUAUUUUGAUGCCAACGAAGCUUUUUGAUCAACCCCGUCUUGGCUUGCACUCGACAGCGAGGGUGGAUAAAAGAAGUUCUGCUGGCUUUGUCUUGGUUGGCAUAGGGAUGUGUGGUGAUAUCUAAGUAAAUUGUAGUCUUGGUUUUGUCCAUUCCAUGUAGAGAAAAGCUUGAGAUUAAGUUUCCCCAGUGUAGUAGUGCUUAUUCUCUGUAUGUUGAGAUGAGACAUUGUAUAUUAUAGUAUUAUUGAUUCGACUGUCAGCUGGUUUUUCACUGUA